AUGGACCCACCCCAUAUCACUGAGUUCGCCUCAGAGCGUUACUUCACCAAGCUCAACCAGCUUAGCGAACCUUCCUCCAGUCAGGAUCCUCGGGGUUCAGGGUUCUCGCCGGUAAACUCAUGCGUUCUUCCGACCUCGCAGAUUCCACCAUCUACGUUCAUACUCCCGCUUCGUGCUUCCAAGGCAGCUGAGACUGCGAAUGAUGGCCCACGUCCUUCAGACCAGAAGCCCCGGGGUCGCUUCUUUAGUCUCCGGUCCAAGGUACCCCUUUUGAACGGGAAACAAAAUCAAGUUGUUGAGCAACGGGAGCCGCAAAAGCUACACCAUUCCGGGCAAACAACAAAGCCUCAAAGUGAACCAUUCGAGCGGUUGUUUUUCGCACUGCCCAGUGAGCUUCAGAUACAAAUUCUUUCCUCACUCCCACUUGCCGAUGUCUUGAAUGUACGUCUCGCGUCAAGGCCUUGGUACGCACUUAUGAGAUUCCACGAAAUACCCAUUGUUCGAUAUCAUCUCGAUCACCAUGUCCCGGCUUAUGCUCGUCGUCUCUAUCCAACUUCUGAUACAUCCACCGUCAACUUUCAGCAUCUCUGUGGCUUGUGGCAUCGCCUUCAUGUCGCCGCGAAACUGUCUUUCUUAAUGUGCGAAUGGAUAACCAAAGAGAUAUUCCUCCGAACCACUGAACCGCAACGCCUCGAGUUCGCUCCGUCCCACGAACGAAUGCGACGUCGUCUCAUUCCUCUUCUGUUCACCUUGUUGCAUUUCUUCGAGAUAUAUCGCAAGCUUCAUCUUCAGUAUAUUCUCGAGCACGAUGGUUACGGCUUGCGACAUGUGCCCUUCACGCUCAACCCCAUCGAGGCACAAAUCAUGAAUAUGUACGAUGGCCAAACGCUUCUGCGUGUUCACCAAAUAUUUCCCCUCGUUGUGUCCUCUUUCUGCAGACGCCUACGCCCACCAUCUUAUGUCGGUAGAGUGGAGCGGUCUCUGCGAGGUUACCUCCGUGAAAAGCCAGCUGAUGAGAUUCACGUGGCUAUUCUGUGCCUGGGAGGUCUUCGUCAAGUGGAAAGAUUUUGGGAGAUCAAGGGUUACAACAGUCGGCGAGCGGCUGUGGAUUCUUGGUACAGCAGCCUUACCAGGGACCCUCCGGAGUCAUCGUCAAAGCCACGGAGGAGUUUGAUGAUUUUAGGGCGGAUGAAACCCACAGCAACCAGAGAGGCGGCGACGAAAUCGACAUUCCCAGGGACACGUACUUCCCGGGCCGGGAAAGGCGAAGAAGCUUCCUGGCCGCUGGACAAUGAUAUCGACCCCGUGUUCAGUACCGCCCUCUCUGGAGGCAUGCAGAUUGACAUGCCAGGUCGCGAGCAUAUACGGCAGCUUCUUGCCGACCUGCCGACUCUUCAACAAAUCUGGUCGGUAACAGCCGAGGCUCUUAUCCUGGAUCGCCGGAUCGUUGAUCGACCACAAGAUAUCAAGCGGAACGCGCAGGUCAUGUUAGACCUGAUUAGAGACGACGGUAGCAUGGAAGAAGAUGAGUGGUGUUAUGGGACAACUAUGGGCGCGUCCGUCAAACCUCUGCUGGAGGGUGUGGAUGAAGAACUCUACGAACAUGGCUGA